AUGAUUCGAUCCAAUCUUCUCUCGACUAAGGUCGCUUCGCGCUUCGCCUUCAAGAAUAAUGGAUCUCUCCGAUAUAUGAGCAAAGAGAUCAAGUUCGGCGUUGAAGGACGCGCUGCAAUGCUUAUUGGAGUUGAAACACUUGCAGAUGCCGUUCAGGUAACCUUGGGACCAAAAGGACGGAAUGCUAUCAUUGCCCAGCCUUACGGGCCACCGAAGAUCACAAAGGAUGGCGUCACCGUCGCUAAAUCGAUCGAUUUCGAAGAUCCAUUCGAAGAUAUGGGAGCACAACUUAUCAAGAGUGUUGCCUCCAAGACCAACGAUAUCGCUGGGGAUGGUACUACAACUGCUACAGUUCUUGCCCGGGCCAUCUAUUCGGAGGGAUGCAAAGCCGUUGCCGCUGGAUUGGACCCACAAGACCUUUUCCGAGGAAUUAACCUUGCCGUCGACAAGGUCGUCAAAACACUCGGAGAGAUCAGUCGGCCAAUCACUUCAAAGGAGGAAAUUACACAGGUUGGAACCAUCUCUUCAAACUCCGAUGCCGAAAUUGGACAACUCCUCUCGGAUGCAAUGGAACGAGUUGGAAAGGAGGGUGUUAUUACAGUCCAGGAUGGUAAGACUUUGGAGAACGAAUUAGAGGUUGUAGAAGGAAUGAAGUUCGAGCGCGGAUUUAUCAGCCCAUACUUUAUCACUGAUGCAAAGACCCAGACCUGUGUCCUAGAAAACCCAAUGAUCUUGCUCGUCGAAAAGAAGGUCAGCAGUUUGCAACAACUUGUUCCAAUUUUGGAGUCUGUCAUCAAGAGCCAGUCGUCUUUGCUAAUUGUUGCUGAAGAUGUAGAGAGUGAAGCUCUUGCAACUCUGGUUGUCAACAAACUUCGUGCGGGCAUUAAGGUUUGUGCAGUGAAGGCCCCAGGGUUCGGUGACAACAGAAAGGCCACAAUGCAAGAUCUCGCACUCCUUACUGGUGGAACUGUAAUUUCGGAAGAGACCGGAAUGAAGCUUGAAGAAGUCACACCUGAUCAUCUUGGAACAUGCAAGAAGAUUGAAGUUGACAAGAACAACACUGUUAUCUUGGAUGGCGGCGGCGACCCUGCUGGGAUUAAAGAGAGAUGCGAAUUGAUUCGACACUCUAUCGACACCACUAAGUCUGAUUACGAGCGCGAAAAACUCCAAGAACGGCUGGCUAAGAUAUCUGGGGGAGUUGCAGUUAUCAGAGUUGGGGGAGCCUCCGAAGUUGAGGUUAGUGAAAAGAAGGAUCGUGUGGUUGAUGCCCUUAAUGCCACUCGUGCAGCUGUUGAAGAAGGAAUUGUUCCCGGAGGAGGCAAGGCACUUCUAUAUUGCUCUACCCUUUUGGAUGAGGUUGCGGAUGGUGCAAAGAACAUGGACCAAAAGAUUGGAGUUCAAAUUAUUCAACGAGCACUUCGAGCUCCACUUUCGACCAUUGCGAAGAAUGCCGGAGAAGAAGGAGCUGUCGUCUGUGGUGAAUUGUGCAAGAAGGGUGUUGAAAUUUCAUACGGUUUUGAUGCAGCUAAUGGUAUUUAUACAGACAUGUUUGAAGCUGGAAUUAUCGACCCGACAAAGGUUACCAGAACAGGAAUCGUUGAUGCCGCAUCUGUCGCAGGACUUUUGACGACAUCUGAGUCAAUGAUAGUUGAUAAGCCACAACAAGGAGGUGCAUCAGGAGGACCACCAAUGGGAGGCAUGGGUGGCAUGCCAGGUAUGAUGUAA